AUGGCGCUCAGAAAAGCGCUGGUCAAGCGCUCAUUUGACGCCGUGAGAGUUACGUCGCUGGCGCAAACCAUCCCGUCCUCCGUCGACGUUCUACAGAACCAGACCAUCGUUCCACCAAAUGCAGCGCAGGCGAAUUUCCACAGGGAGUAUCUGACCUCAUCGGAGUCCGUUGACAAAGGCUUUCUCCGGCGAUUCUUCCACCACUCUGCCACCCGGAUCCCGGAGUUUCUCUCUCUCCCUGUUGGAGAGAAGCUCCGUGAAAGGAUCAGAGGCGUGAACGUGAACAAAACCAAUGAUCGCCUGCGGCUUGCCGGACUCCGCCCUCCAGCCUAUCCAACCGCCAAUGACGAGUCACUUUACGGGAUAUCUGUCAAUGAUGUGAGAAAGAUAAUGAGGCUGUCUCAGGUGGAGAAGCUGAAGGCGAAGCUGAGAGAGAUUCCAGAGAGCUCUGUUUCGUAUUUGGAGUUCCGCCGGAUCUGCGUGGAGAGUUGCGAGAGCGAAGAGCAAGCAGCCGAGUUUGCGAAACUUCUAGACGAGUCCGGCAACGUCAUCAUUCUCGGAAAUAUUGUCUUUCUCCGGCCCGAGCAGGUUGCAAAAUCAAUGGAGAGCAUAAUCUCUCAAACCAUGAGCUUGCCAAACGAUCCAAGGCGGAGAGAACUGGAACGGCUAGAGAAGCAGAAGAUGAUAAUAGACAAAAAGGCCAGGGGUUUGGUGCAAGGUGAGCUCUACGGUGGGCUGGGUUUUGUAUUACUGCAGACACUAGGGGCCAUGCGGCUCACCUUCUGGGAGCUAAGUUGGGAUGUGAUGGAGCCAAUUUGCUUCUUUGUGACUUCCAUCCACUUUGCUCUAGGUUACGGCUUUUUCCUCAGGACCUCCACAGAACCCACAUUUCAAGGUUUUUUCCAACGCCGUUUUAAGACUAAGCAAAAACGGCUCAUGGAGGUUUAUAACUUUGAUGUUCACAAGUACAAUCAGCUCCGGAAAGUGUUUUAUCCGAACGCCGAUCAACCGGCGCCGUUCGAUCAUGUAGAAACAAGCCUUGUUAGUUCUGUACAUUGA